AUGGCCGAGUUGGGACCUAAUCUGUUUCAGUUCUUCAUUCCGGAUGUAGAGAGUAGAUUAAGAAUUCUUGAUGGUGGACCAUGGUUGAUAGAUAGCCAGAUACUCGUACUCCAUAGGUGGGAGGCACGAAUUGAGGAAAACUUUGAGGCUUUUAAAUUCGCUCCACUCUGGGUACAAGUAUGGAAUUUGCCUAUUCACUGGAUAUCUAAGGAUGUUGGGAGAAAGAUUUGGAAAGUUUUUAAAGAGGUUAAGGAGGUGCUAAUUCCCCAUUCUGGGGGUAAGGAUGGGAAACAUCUUAAGCUGCUGGUGAAUGCAGAUUUGACCCAACCAUUGUUAAGAGGCACAGCAGUUAAGAUGGAUGGAGUGCUAAACUGGAUUAGCUUUAGAUACGAAAGAGUGCCUGAUUUCUGCUAUAAAUGUGGAAUAAUUGGUCACAGUGAAAAGAAGUGUAAAAAUGUGGUGAACAUUAAGAAGGGGCAACAAGAGAACCAGUAUGGGCCCUGGUUGCGAGCUCAAAUGGGAAAGGAUCCCCCCAUAAGGAAGGAAGCCUAUCCUGUCAGGAAUGAGAGUGUUAAGGACCUGGGCCUGACUAGAAGCAUAGACAUGUUGCAGGGUCAAAAGGAACUGCCUACUGAGAAAACACAGAACUUAGGUCAGGAAAAUGAGGAGAUCCUGGAUGCACAAGAGGUGGACUGGAGUACGAAAAUGGAGGAAUGGAAGGAUGAAGAUAAACAGCCUACAGGAACAGAAGAAAGUGAACUGGAGAUAGAGUUAAUAGCAGUGGAGAAUCCACCAGCACAAGGAUUAAUGGGGAACAUGAAGUUGGAAAAUAGGAUGGAGAAUGGCAUAAUUAUGAGCAUAGACAUGCAGGUGGAUGAGGAUGAUCCGGAUCAGCUAAAAGGCAGUGGAGUAAGUAGGAAGAGAAACGUAAGACUCUUGAAUAAGAAGAAUGAAAGAGUUAGACAACCACUGAUAGAAAUUCAGAACUUGGAACCUAGGAAAGGGAUUAACACUAAAAGGAAGCUACAGAUUAUGGAUGAGGAAAUGCUAGAUAUGGAAUCUACUGAGCAGGCAGCCAAAAGAAACAAAUCAGAAGGUAAGGUGGAGUGCAAUGUUCAGUUUCUAAAGGUGAAAGGGACCAACCCAUCAUGGUCUCUCAAUCAACCAUGA